UUGUUAUCGUUAAUUUAUUUUUGUUAUCUAAUAUUUAAUUUUAAAUUUCUUUACUAUAUCUAAGCGUUAACAAUGUUUUGUCGUACUUUAUUAACUUGUUUUUAUCCAAAAGGUGGAUAUAAUAUUAACAAAAAUACUUCUUUUAAACUCUUACAUAAAAGUAACAAAUGUACAACAAAAUCUCCAUUAGAAGGAAUUAGAGUAUUAGAUCUAACAAGAAUUGUAGCAGGUCCCUAUUGCACUAUGGUGUUGGGUGAUUUAGGUGCAGAAGUUAUAAAGAUUGAAAAACCUGGCACUGGAGAUGAAUCAAGAUUAUGGGGUCCACCUUUCAUUGGUGAAACGAAAGAGUCCUGUUACUUUGUUUGUUUUAACCGCAAUAAGAAAAGCGUUUGUGUUAAUAUACAGACAGAAAAAGGCAGAGAUAUAAUUUAUUCUCUUGCUAAAGUAUCAGAUGUUCUAGUUGAAAAUUAUGUUCCCGGAAAACUGGAUUCAUUAAAAUUAGGGUACGAGCAUAUUAAAAAUAUAGCUCCACAUUUGAUAUAUUGUUCAAUAACUGGUUUUGGACCAGAUGGUCCAUAUAGCAAGAGGCCUGGUUAUGAUGUAAUAGCUGCUUCAUUGGGUGGAUUGUUACAUAUAACCGGACCAAGGGAUGGGGAACCGUGUAAAGUUGGGGUAGCUUUGGUUGAUGUUGCCACAGGAUUGUAUGCUCAUGGAGCUAUAUUGGCUGCUCUUCUGAAGAGGCUAAAAACGGGUCAAGGACAGAAAAUUGAUUGUGAUCUGCUCUCCACGCAGUUGUCAACUUUGAUUAACAUAGGCUCUAAUUAUCUUAAUGCAGGGAAAGAGGCAUCGAGAUGGGGUACAGCUCAUCAAAGUAUUGUUCCUUACCAGGCUUUUUCUACUAAAGAUGGAUAUUAUACCAUUGGCACUGGCUCAGACAAACAAUUUGUAGAAUUGUGCAAUUUAUUAGGAUUAGAUAAUUUAUCUAAAAAUCCAAAAUUCGAAACAAAUAAAACAAGAGUUGAAAAUCGAGACGAACUGAUAAAUAUUUUAAGUCAAAAAUUAUCAUCAAAAACCAAUGAUAAAUGGAAAGAAAUAUUUAGUCAAUCUUCGUUCCCUAACGGCCCUGUAAAUAAUCUGACAGCUGUAUUUAAUGAUCCCCAUGUAAAAUAUACUGACAUAGUGAAAACUUUAGACCAUCCUGUGGCAGGUAAAGUUAAGGUUGUAGGGCCUCCUGUUAGGUACAGUGAUGGUGGAAAUGAAAUUCGUAGUGCGCCACCUAUACUGGGACAACAUACUGCAGACAUACUAAGAGAUAUAUUAGAGUAUGGUGAACAAGAAAUUAAUGACCUCAAAAAUAGCAAUAUAAUUUCUUAAAAAAAUCGUUUAUGGUGUUCUUGUUAUUGUAUUUUACUCUUUUUUUACUAUUUUAUAUAUUUUAUCCCUUGUUAGGUACUUAUACUAAUACCUAACAUGAUAAAGGUGUUUAGCUUUUAUUCUACUUAUUUGUGUAAUUUAAUGAAUUGUGUAAAUAUAAUUUGUGAUAAAUUGUUAUACAUAA